CUUCUGAAAUCGUGUGAGAUACUUGUCAAUAAAAGCAUCCGAAUGAUUUUAACGUUUGAAACACUUUUAUCUUUGUUAUGACAUUCAAGAAAACAAGUAACACUAACCGGUAAAACAGAGAAAACGAAAAACAGCUAUUUUUUUUCUUAAUCUGUGUCAACCAGAUGGAAAGUGAUUGGUCUGGUCGUUGGAAUCAUGUCAGAAAAUUUGUAGAACGUGGAGGUCCAUUUGCUCACCCUGAUUUUGAACCUAGUACUGAGGCACUAGGAUUUUUACAAGAUGUGUGUAAGAUAUUGGUCAUUGGUGCUGGUGGUUUGGGAUGCGAAUUACUCAAAGAUCUGGCCCUGAUGGGAUUCAGAAACCUUGAUGUAAUUGAUAUGGAUACUAUAGAUGUUUCAAAUUUAAACAGACAAUUUUUGUUCAGACACAAGGAUGUAGGUAAACCUAAAGCAGAAGUUGCAGCUGCAUUCAUUAACAAGAGAGUACCUGGAUGUAAAGUCACUCCUCAUUAUUGUCAAAUUCAGGAUUAUGAUGAAUCAUUCUACAGAAAAUUUCACAUAGUUGUUUGUGGAUUAGAUAGUAUUGUUGCCAGAAGGUGGAUAAAUGGAAUGCUAAUCAGCUUAUUAAAGUAUGAAGAUGGUGAAUUAGACCAGAGUACAUUGAUACCUAUGGUAGAUGGUGGAACAGAGGGAUUUAAAGGAAAUGCUAGGGUUAUACUAACUGGUGUCACUGCGUGUAUAGAAUGUACAUUGGAUUUAUAUCCUCCUCAGUUCUGGGCACUGCAUUUCUUGACAAAAGGGAUGACUACCCAAGGAAACAGUAAAGCUACUAAGAUAAAUUUCCCUCUUUGUACAAUAGCACACACACCCAGACUUCCAGAACACUGUAUAGAAUAUGUUAGAAUCUUAUUGUGGCCUAAAGAAGAACCAUUUGGAGCUGAUGUAACAAUUGAUGGUGAUGAACCUGAUCAUAUUAACUGGAUAAUGGAAAAGUCUAUAGAGAGAGCUAAUGAAUAUAAAAUUUCUGGUAUAACUUACAGACUGACACAAGGUGUAGUAAAAAGAAUUAUUCCAGCAGUAGCCUCAACAAACGCAGUUAUUGCAGCUGCCUGUUCAACAGAAGUAUUUAAACUUGCAACAAGUUGCUGUUUACCCCUGAAUAAUUACAUGAACUUUAGUGAUAUUGAUGGUAUAUAUACAUAUGCCUUUGAGGCCAUGAAAAAGGAGGAUUGUAUAGCCUGUACAAAUAUACCAAAAGCAUUGAAGUUUUCUGAUGGUGAUAAAUUACAAGAUAUUUUAACCUACCUUAUAGAUAGUGCUGAGUACCAAAUGAAAUCUCCAGGAAUAACAACGUCACUAAAUGGCAAAAAUAAAACCUUGUACAUGCAGACAGUAAAAUCAAUAGAAGAAAAAACAAGAGAAAAUCUAAAAAAGACAUUAAAUGAGCUUGGUCUUAGAGAUGGACAAGAAGUGUAUAUAGCAGAUCCUACCACACCAAAUACAAUCACAUUUAAACUGACUUUAGGAUGUAACAUGGAGUAGUUAUGAUUCUGUUAUUACCUUUGGAUUCUCUACAUUGCUUAAUAUAUUACACUCUAAUGUUAUCUUCUCAAAAUACAAAAUUCCAUCUUUUUUUGAAUAAAUCAUGGAACAUUAGACUAAAAUAUCCUCUUUUGGAUGGCUGCAUAAUAGUAUUUCAUCAUUUUUAUCAACAGCGAAGACUAGAUGCAAUAAUUUGAAAGCUUACAUGGUAUUGACUUUUGUUGAUUUUAUUUAUUGAAUGAUUAAUAAUGUAAUUUGCAUUUGUUAAAAUUAAAAGUCUUCUUUGAAUAAUGUUCAAAAUUUUAAAUUGAUAAACCAGCAAUUUAGUCAAUUUCUUGAAAUCAUAUGACUUUCAAAAAAUGUUUAUAUAAUAACCAGAAAUAGUAUUGAUAAAAAACAGAUACACAUAAUAAACAAGGUACAUGUAUUAUCAUUUUACGAUUCUUUUUUUGGAUAAAUAAAUUUGUGAACAUAUUAGCCACUUUCAUAUAUAUAGUACUAUGAAUAGACAUGUUUUGGAUGUUACUACAAUCUGAUUCUAAAUUUUAGUGUGGGUAACUUAUAAUAUUAUACUUGUACAAUUUUUAUGAAAAUUAUUAUUUGUGCUUAAAACCUGGUAAAUAAGAUAUUCUGAUGUUGAUUUUUAGAUUCUUGUACUGGGAUAUUUUUGACUUAAGUACUGGGUUUCAAACCAAUAUAUACUAGAAAAAAGAAGGAAAGCAACAGCAACUUGUGAUAGAAAAGAAAUAUAUAAGAAUACUACUAAGUUACUGUGUUAACUAAUGACAAGUAAUAAAUAAUAUUGUGUGACUUUA